UACGUCACAACUAACAAAGCAAAACUGAAAAUCAUUGAACAAAACACAAGGAUUGUCAAACUGACAGUAUAACCUAGAAGUCCAGUUAUUUUGCCAAAUGUUGGAAUGAAUUAAUUACAUUGGGAAUAGUGAAAAAAUGUAGAUUUGUCAAGCCAUUUGCAUCCGAUUAGUGACCGAGACAGCUUGCCCUAAGUGCACCACGUAUAUUCUAAAGAACACAGUGCGAAAAAAUCCGAAUUAGCAUCCCAGCCCGAUACAAUGACUGCACUAAACCCCAGCGCUCAGUUGCGCUACCUUUUGCAAUGGUUUGGUGAGUGGAGCGAGCUGCAAAAGUCGGAUUUUCUGCUGAUUUUAGCCGAAAACUAUGCCCACAAGGCGUAUGUGAACGGCAUUGUUAACAGCAUUUCCAACAUGAACUACAACGACAAACCGAUGUCCUUGUUUGAGUGCCGUAUCAAACUGUUCAAGGAAUGGUUCACACAGUGGAACAUUGAAAUGAAGGAGAAUUUUCUGAAGAAAAUCAGCGAAAUUGAUCCAAUUUUCUUCGCAAAACUCAAUGCGGAAAUUGAGGAGAAAGCAGGCGCUGAUAUCAACAACGUGGAGCAGCAGGAGAACCAUAUAGAAGAUCAUCAAUAGAUUUUGGUGAUUUUUCAUUGGUUGCGGUAUUAUAAAACUUUCCUUCGUAUUUAACAAAAAGGGAGGGAUUUUGCUCAUUUCUGAAUCUCACAUCGGACUGAAAUUAUCUUGCCAUUGCAAAGCAGUUGCGCUGAAGGAAGUAAACAUAUGGUUCAUCUAAAGCCCCAACUGCUAGUGAAAUAAUUAAUUUAAUAAGCUCUAUUUUUAUAUAGAACAACUACACUGCCCAAUUUCUUCGUAUCUCAGUAAGAAGCCUGCAAUACUUAUUUUUCGCAGGAUUCCGAUUCAAUCAAAUAGCCACUAAAUGUAUAGAAUGGUUUAUUGGUUUGGUUUACACUUAAUAGCAAUGGCAAUUGUUUUAGAUGAACCAUUUGCGAUAUUCACAUGUGAUUCAUUUAUAUAUUUUUAUGUAAAUAUAAUAUAUUACUUUAUUGCUGGCAAAACUAGGUUGAGCCGGCAGGCUUGAAUAUUUUUCUUGUUUAAUUACUGCUAAUAAACUAUAUAGUAAA